AUGUGUGAUACAAAUUCGAGUGAGGAAGGUGAAUCUUCAUCACGUAAAGAUAAGAAAAUACGUAUCAAUUACGAUGGAGAUCCAGACAUGGCUUAUUUGUUGGAUUAUGAAAAUGAUUUUACCCAAAGUCAACUUUUUUCUCAAGCUCAAGAUGAUGCCUUUAUGGAGCCAAAUCCCGAAGAUGAGUACAUGGAUGAGGAACUCAAUGCUAAUAAUACCCAGACGUGGAAAACUAAAGAAGAAGCUGUUAAAUGGGUUAAGGAACAUGCUUGGAAAAUCAAUUGCGUCCUAGUUAAAGGUAGACAAAGCCGAAAGGAGCGGGUUGAGAUGAUUUGUGAGAGGGUUGGGGAGAAAGUAAGCAAGAAGAAAAAAGAUAUGGAUUUCCGUUAUAACCACCCACGUCCAAAGGAUCUUCAUGGACAUUAUAGAGACGGAAGACUCAAAGCUCAUGAAUAUGUGGAGGUAGAUAAAAUGACACGAGCACGUAUGGCACCCUCUAAAAUUCUUAGCAAGUUGAAGGCGGAUGAUAAGAAUAACAAGACUACGUUUCAACAAAUCUAUAACUCGAGAAAUACUUUGAGAAGAAAGGAUUUGCAAGGUAGGUUGGUGAUGCAACAAUUAUUUUGGUUGGCACAAAAGAAGAACUAUGCUUUCCAAAAGAAAUUGGAUGAAUUCGGCCAUGUGACGCACCUUUUUAUUGCCCAUCCGGAAUGCGUAAAGUUGGCGUUAUGCUUCCCACAAGUUCUCAUAUUGGAUUGCACUUACAAGACCAAUAAGUAUGAGAUUCCAUUGAUGAACGUUGUUGGUCAUAUGUCAACCAAGUCACCUUUCACCAUUGCUUUUUGUUUUUUGCAUGAUGAGUUGAAAGAAAGCUAUGUUUGGGCAUUGGAACAAGUGAAGUUAAUCAUCCGGGAGGAUGCUCUUCCAAAGGUCAUGUUAACCGACCAAGAGGCGGCAUUGAUGUUUGCUAUAAGGAAGGUAUUUCCGAACGCGCAAAACUUUCUUUGUACCUUUCAUGUAUGGAAUAAUGUUAGGAAGAAAUGCCAAGGGAUAAUCCAACCGCUCAAGUUGAAAGAGCUAGAGAAGAUUGCUACAUUACCGGAUGGAGAACGAGAAGUGAAGAAAAAAGAAUUCAAGAAAGCAUAUGAGGCUAAUGAAAGUAUGUGUGCAUGUUUCUCCAAUGAAUGGGAUGCUUUGACUUGGUCCAUCACCAAAGAAGUGUAUGAAUAA